CAAUCAAAAGGUGCGUUUUUCGCCGGAGACGAUAGACGAUAGUGGUGCCAACCGUCAUAACUUAACCGUGCAACCUGUGUGGAGCUUGAGCGAGGCUGGUUCAAACUCGGUCACGACGAAGCCAAGAGACACAAGAAAAUCUAAUAAGCGAAGGCGCUAGCUCCCGCUUCGAAGGGACGUGUGGCGCGCCAAAGAGUGCUGCGGGGGCUAGCUUUAUACAUAAUUACCUGAAAAACGUCACUGUCACUCUGCGAUUCUAAAUUUUGUAACCGAUCUAUGAUCUAUCUCUUUGAUCAGUGUUGCUGAUUCCACAGAGAGAGGGAGAAAGAUGUGGGUGUUUUACCUGAUCUCGCUUCCUCUAACAACUGGAAUGGUGAUUUUCACGUUGAGGUACUUCGCUGGGCCAGAGGUACCUCGCUACGUGCUCUUCACCGUUGGAUAUACAUGGUUCUGUUCCCUCUCCAUCAUUAUCCUCGUCCCCGCUGACAUUUGGGCGACAUUGUCUUCUCACCAUGAGAAUGGAGUUAUUUCUUUCUUUUGGAGCUGGUCAUAUUGGAGUACGUUUUUGCUUACUUGGGCUGUGGUGCCCCUUAUUCAGGGUUUUGAAGAUGCUGGGGAUUUCACUGUAUCAGAAAGAUUGAAGACUAGUGUACAUGUUAACUUGGUUUUCUAUCUAAUAGUGGGAUCUAUUGGCUUUGUUGGACUUAUUCUUCUCAUUUUGAUGCACAAGAAAUGGGAUGGAGGUCUUUUGGGAUUUGCCAUGGCUUGCUCAAAUACAUUUGGACUUGUUACUGGUGCAUUUCUUCUUGGCUUUGGUUUAAGUGAAAUUCCUAAAAGCAUUUGGAGAAAUGCUGACUGGACCACCCGCCAGAAAGUUCUUUCCCACAAAAUUGCCCAAAUAGCUGUCAAACUUGAUGAUGCACACCAAGAACUUUCAAAUGCUAUUGUUGUUGCUCAAGCAACAUCCAAGCAGAUGUCCAAGCGUGAUCCUUUGAGACCUUAUAUGGAUGUCAUUGAUGAUAUGCUAACUCAAAUGUUUAGGGAAGACCCAGCAUUCAAACCACAAGGUGGCCAAUUAGGGGAAAAUGAUAUGGAUUAUGAUACCGAUGAGAAGUCAAUGGCGAAAUUAAGGCGACAUCUUCGGGGAGCUCGUGAGCAGUAUUACAGAUAUAAAAGUGAGUAUAUGACUUAUGUACUGGAAGCCCUUGAAUUAGAAGAUAAGAUAAAGAAUUAUGAACGCCGCAACUCAACCGGAUGGGAAUAUAAUUCGAGCAUUAGACCUGCUCGGACUGGCAAGUUGGGGUCCCUAUGUGAUACUUUAGAAUUUUUCUGGAAAUGCAUUUUAAGGAAACAAGUUGAGAAAGGCUUGGCUGUUUUACUUGGGAUGAUGUCUGUUGCAAUUCUUUUAGCAGAGGCAACUCUUUUGCCCAGCGUUGAUCUAUCGCUUUUCUCCAUUCUUAUAAAAUAUGUUGGAUCACAGGAAGUGCUUGUGCAGGUGUUUGCUUUCGUUCCUCUCAUGUACAUGUGUAUCUGUACAUACUAUUCCUUGUUCAAAAUUGGAAUGUUGAUGUUUUACUCACUGACACCCAGGCAGACCAGCUCAGUUAACUUGCUUAUGAUAUGCUCGAUGGUUGCUCGUUAUGCUCCUCCUAUCUCGUACAAUUUUCUCAAUCUCAUUCGCCUUGGUCCUCAUAAAACAACUAUAUUUGAACAGCGUAUGGGGAACAUUGACAGGGCCGUCCCUUUCUUUGGGAAUAGGUUUAACAAAAUCUAUCCACUUAUUAUGGUUAUAUACACGCUUUUGGUUGCAAGCAACUUCUUUGAUAGAGUAUUUCAUUUUUUGGGGAGCUGGAAGAGAUAUAUUUUCAAAACUGAAGCUGAUGAUAUGGAUGGUUUCGAUCCAUCAGGAUUAAUUAUUUUACAAAAAGAGCGGUCUUGGCUUGAACAAGGAUGCAAAGUAGGGGAGCAAGUUGUUCCACUGGCAAGGAAUUUCAAUGGUAUUGAUAUGGAAGCGGCCAACAGGCUUAUGGAGAGAAAUGAUGCUGAAAUGAAAACAACUUCCAAUUUGAUUACGGAAGAAAUAAAUGGAAGUCUGUCCAAAACUUCGAAGGAAGAGACAAGCAGAUAUGGUUCGAGCAGGGAAGCCAUCAGUAACAAGUAUGCUGCCAUUAGAGAGAAGGGUGGGCCAGCAUCAAAAUUGAAGGCAGAAGAGAAAAACGUAGCCUCUGCAUUUUCCGUGGUUGAUGAAGGCAAUAGUAAUUCCAGUAAUUCAGCUGGAGUGCCAUCUUCAGGUUUGGCUUCAACGUGGCAAACGAUGAAGACAGGCUUUCAGAGUUUCAAGGCCAACAUGGGGGCCAAAAAGUUUUUACCCUUACGGCAAACACAGGAAGAUACGGUAUCUCGUGUUUCCUCGUCCGAGUCCCUUGAUGAUAUAUUUCAAAAACUCAAACGGCCAUCGAAGGACCAAGUUAUUUACAAUGACGAAGACUAAAAUGGAGUCCAAUACUCCUUUUAGAUGAUAUAUAUCAUUUGGCAAGUAACUUACAAGUGUAAGAUGUUCUAGGAUUGGGAAUGCAGGUCCAUAUUAUCAUGUAUAGUAAUGGGGAAAUUUAAAUGCCGUGCUUAGGAAAAAAAAAAACUUAAUCCCACAAUACAGCCUAAAUAUGGAAAGAUGAACACAGAAACUCCUAUACUUUACUAGUCAAUCUCAUACAAAAUCUAGCUGAUCCUUAGAUAUUUCAAAUUGUACCAGUAGAGUAGGCAGUGUUACCGAUGUUUUGCCUGGCUUGAAUUUAUAAUUUCAUUCUACUGAUGAUUUCUUAGAUCAAAUUACAUUGGUUUUA